AUGCUUGCCUCAUCACUCGGGAAGAGUGAUGAGCUAUGCGACCCGAGUGGAGCGUUCAUCGAGGGAUACAAUGCUUGCACGAAAUGCAUCGUCGAAAACAUCGGCGAUUCGGGAACAAAUCCGCGGGAUAUUGUUAUGCCCGAAUUCGGCCAGUUCUUGAAUUACUGCACCGGGAGUAAUCCGACCACCACUAGGAGCAGUCCGGCCCACGUCAUAACCGUAUACAUCACCACGGUCCUCACUCCAUCAGGCACAGCCUUGCCGACGCCAACAAGCAUUAAUGAACAGCCGCCAAGCACUACUGGGCUAGGCAACAGCCCAAGUGCAUCCCUCGAUGCAUUGGACACGGGCCAAGGCUCAAAGACUCACCUCGCUGGCCCAAUCGCCGGCAGUCUCGCCGGCCUAGCCGUUGUCGCAAUUUCCGGGCUACUCUUCUGGCGCCGACGUCGAACUCGGAAGAAGAAUAAUUUGGGCGAUGCUGAUGCGGACCCGGAACCCUUUGAAAAGGCCCAACUCCACUCCGACUGCAUUCCAAAACCGCUCUCUGAGAUGACCGGAGGAGAAAUCCACGAGAUGGAAGGUUCUUGGGCCCUCCAUGCCCCGACAGCUGAGAAACCCGUCAACGAAACUCCGGCGCGAGAGCUACCAGCCGAGGAAAUAAGAAGCAGGAACUCGCCUGGUGAGGUGUGA